CACUGACGAAGGCACGAAUGGCAUGCCACUGCUUUCACAUAAGUGCACUAUUGACACAGCAUCAGCCGGCAGGCGAAAAACUUCUCGGCAGUAAAUCAUUCAUGCGUUUGACAACGCCGUGAACGGACGCGCCGGCUCGGGCAAAUAAAUCAAGGUGGUGAAACUGAAAGUGAGUGAGAACAGAUCCACACAUGCCGUAAAGAAGUGACAGUAUCUUGAAAUAACUCUACAGAAAAAAAUCUCAAACAGUUAACAACAAUUUAUUAUUGUUUGGCUACCCAAGCGCCGUCUAUUUAAAAAUCUAUUAUUGAAUUAUGAUUAAAUAAAGGCACAGCAGCAACACACAUCAACAUAUGCCGACCCAGAUCAAUGCAUAGACACUCAACGCAGUGAUUGAAAUCAACACGUCCGCCGUUCUGCCUUAAACAGCUGAUGCCCGCUUACUCCGGUGGACACAUAACGCCGCUUCAGCCACGGAGAUUUGCUUUUAUCGCACACUUUGCCGCAAAGUGAGUGUAAACAAAGACGUUGCAAACAUAAAUUCAAGAGCUGUAUAGCGGUAUUGCUCUACUGAGCUUGUAUGCGUCUAUGAGCAUACAAUGGCAUUUCUCUUUGAACCAUUUCAGGCCGAUAACCAAUAUUUGCGUGAAUUCCUUUCACAUCUCUAUCUCAAUUGUAUAAUACGUUAUCAGAAUGAGACCGGCUCGGCGGUCAAUGAUACGGACGAUGAUGCAAACUAUAUUGGCGUGCCACGUUACCUCGAGGAGGCCGUGCUUAACGAAGGCAGCAUAGACUUGUCGAAUGUAGACGAGGCGAAGGCGGAGCAAAAUGAACUUUUCGCCUAUAUAUCCAAACAUAGCUUAAAACCACCUUCGACAACAACAACAGCAGCAUCAACCGCUAGCAGAAAUAGCAGCACAUUUCAACGCCACUACAAUGCUAGCAACUUAAAUGAGACAAACCCGUACAUCAACAACAUUAUUGUCACUUCAACGCCUGCAACAAGUUUCAGCACUUCUGCAAAUGGCACUUCUUCGUCAGUUUCUUCAGCAACUUCUUCGCCGGUCGCAUCAUCCACGGCUGCUGGCUCGCCGCCGCUGCGCUUUUGCCCUUUACGCUUUGAUGGCUACCUCUGCUGGCCGCGCACCCCCGCUGGCACUGUGCUCAGUCAAUAUUGUCCGGACUUUGUGGAGGGCUUCAAUCGCAAAUUUCUGGCACAUAAAACCUGUCUAGAGAACGGCACUUGGUAUCAUCAUCCAAUAAGCGGUCGUGAAUGGUCCAACUACACCAAUUGCAUUGAUUACGAUGACUUGCAGUUCCGCAGUUUUGUAAAUGAGCUGUACGUGAAAGGCUACAUCGUCUCUUUAGUCGCAUUAAUGCUUUCACUUAUCAUAUUCCUUGGCUUCAAAUCCUUGCGCUGCACACGCAUACGCAUACACGUGCACUUGUUCGCCUCGCUGGCAUUCACUUGCAUCGCCUGGAUACUCUGGUAUAAAUUUGUGGUCGAACAACCAGAUCUUAUAGGCAAUAAUCCGCCCUGGUGCAUAAUUUUACACCUGGUCGUGCACUAUUUUAUGCUGGUCAAUUACUUUUGGAUGUUUUGUGAAGGCUUGCAUUUGCAUUUGGUAUUAGUGGUGGUCUUUGUUAAGGACACCAUCGUGAUGCGUUGGUUCAAGCUCUUCGCCUGGAUGUCACCCAUACUUGUAUUGAUGACCUAUGGAGCGGCAAGAUUUCUACACACCGACGAUAAUACACACUGCUGGAUGGACGACAGCCUGCUGCUUUGGAUCCUGUCUGUGCCCAUUUGUGCUUCACUCUUGGCUAGUUUCGUUUUUCUCAUCAAUGUUUUACGCGUAAUUGUGCGUAAGUUGCAUCCACAGUCGGCGCAGCCAGCACCGUUGGCCAUAAGGAAAGCAGUGCGAGCUACAAUAAUAUUGAUACCGCUAUUUGGCUUGCAACACUCACUGCUACCCUAUCGCCCAGACACUGGCACACCACUGGAGCGCUUCUAUCAAAUCCUCUCGGUGAUUUUGGUUAGCUUGCAGGGAUUUGUUGUCUCCUUUCUCUUUUGUUUCGCCAAUCACGAUGUCACAUUCGCCAUACGCACUCUCUUAAAUCGGCUCAUGCCAGGCUUAGUCUCACCACCGCCACCAGGCACACAUACCGGACAAAUGGCAACAACAACACCAAGCCGGGAGCUGGGUGUGUAAGCGUAGGGAGCAGCGUGAAAAGAGCACGGAGAAUGUAAAGAAGCGGACUAUAUAGAACGUAUAAGCUUAGCUUUAAGCUAGAAAAGUUGAAACAGGGCGUUCACAAAGUUGUUGAGAAUACCAAAACGUUGAUUUCGUGAAGAGAAAUACAAAAUAUUUGUUUUAAAAUUAAUAUACUAUAUAUAUGUACUUAUGUAUAAGAUAUCUGUAAGGAAUACUCUUUCGUUUUCAUUUGAAAAAUUCAAUAUGCUCAAAUUAAGUAAGCAAGUUUUUUCCAUGAACGCUUUUCAAUUUAAAAAUUUGUUUUCAGACUUGAGUUUUUAACUUUGAAGUUGAUGUUUUCACAUUUGUAUUAAAAAUUGUAGUAAUGCAAACUUUCGCUGUACUUUAAUUUAAAUACUAUAUAGUAUUUUGAAUUCAUAAAAAAUUACUCUCCAAGAGAACCAAAUUGUGCAGGAAAAAGUCAUAUUCAAACCCACUAACAAAAGUAAACACAAAAAAUAUAUAUAAAAACCAAAUGUUGACUACUGAAGUAGACAUAAAGAACUAUUUAGAGGCCAAUGUAACAAAACAAAUGUAAAUUGUAUAUCAAAUGAGAUUGCCUAUAUGUACUGUAUACAUAGUAAGCAACGCUGUAAUUUAUUUAAAAGCACAUACAAAUAAAUAUAUAGACUAAAUAAAGAUAUCAAACAAAAAAAAAUUAAAUCUUCUCAAUUAAAACACAAUAGAUCGCGGCUAUUAGCACUGUAGUGCUCUAAAUCUUUUACAAGUGUGGCGUUACUGCAAGAAAAUGAUACCGUGAGCUUUCGAAGAACUUUCAGUGUUGGAAACCCACUCAUAAACACAUAAACAAUACGGACAAAAAUUUUAUUAAAACAUUGUUUUUAUUGAAAAAUUUAAGCACUGAAUCGAUGGUUUAUUGGUCA